UCCUGUGUUAUCGCUUAUCGCUAAUGAACCGGGUAUAAAAGGCCCUGCGAAAAGACUAGCAUUCACAUUCACUGUCUUUCCUCCGUCGUAGCAAGACCCACCCCGGGCAGACUUGCGCGACUAGGAAAGGCAUCUGGAGUCUUUAUUUUUUGCCAAAUAUUUUUUGACUUUUAGCCUGCACAUUAUACUGCCUUUACUCGUAUUAUUAAACAGUGAUUAUAUUCAUAUCUAUUAUUCGCAGCUCUAACAUUUCCUAAGCUCAAUUCUGAUAUGCACAAACAGGAUUCGACCUCGGCCUUGUUCCGCGGCCUAUAUGUAAGUCUGACACCUUUCGAGCAGUGUUUGGCGUAUUGCGUUAGUUAUCUGGCAUGGCCAUAUCUAAUGGCUGCAAAAAAGAAAUUGUUUUCCGAUCGCAAGAUGAAAGAACCAGAAAGAAAAGAUAAUGAAAAAAUAUCUGCCAACAACAGCAACAUAGUGGACAAGCGCUCAACGGCCAUCAACUCCCUACAACAAGCCGCGGAACUGCUGGAUCGCUGUCAGAAGUUACUACAGGCCGCGAACGCGGAGGCAGCCUCUCACGCGACUACGGAGACAGCCGCUCGUGCGACUACGGAGACAGCCGCUCGUGCGACUACGGAGACAGCCGCUCGUGCGACUACGGAGGCAGCCGCUCGUGCGGCUACGGAGGCAGCCGCUCGUGCGACUACGGAGGCAGCCGCUCACGCGACUACGGCGGCACGGGUGCGACGGAUGCCCACGGCAGAGCUACGCCGGGACCCGGUACUGUGGGUAGCCUACACCCGUGGGUGGGACGACCACGCGUUGGUCUAUAGCAAGUCGACCAACGUGGGUCCUAUAAUCGCGGUAACCGGCAGGUCCCAGAGCCCAAGACGGCCCGUACAGCCAGCUCGCACACCGCGACCGCCCCCGAUGCCACAGUCCACACCGUUGCUCCGACCACCCCCCCAACCACUCAUGGCAGUACUGGUCCCACGACCAAAAUCGUUCAAACUGCCCGCACCGCCCGCAACGAGGAAAGUGGACCAGAAAAGUGCUCAAAUAACAACACCGGCAGAACAGACGACAACAGCGCCUCCACAAAAUUCGAGGCAACGCUGGAACCAGUCUCGGAUGCGGGAAUACCGGGGACAGAAAAAGGCUGCCAAUCCCACCACCUCCCAACAGUACCGCCUGGAAAAACCGGCACCCUUAACCACCCAACCGGCACCAGACCCAAUGUCGCUGGAGGCAACCAACACGCCUGUCCCCGAGGCCAAGACACCGGAGGUAGCAAUGCCGGUCGAUAUGAAGACAUCACCGGAUGAGGAGAAGGAGCUGCUGUGUGACAUGAUGGAUGUUGGUCCCCCAGACGACGUGGACACGGUGUUACAAAUCACCAGCCCCGACCCCACGACGCCUCCCCGACAUGGGUAGACAGUCCGGAGCGCGACCGCUACAGCCAGCCGGAAUACCCCCCUCCGGAAACUGUCUACGACAGCCACUGAUCCGCCCACACACCCACCGGAAGCGGCCGGACAACCGCCGUCACUAUUCUGUGAUUGAUACGAUGAUAGCAUACAACACGUGUGUCAGCUCGAUUAUGUUAUUGUCUAGCCGUUGCACCACAUAAGAAAAUUGUUGCACCUAGUUUUGUUUAACCUGUUAUAUUGUAAAAUACAC